CAUUCAGGUAAGAGAGAACAAAAAAAAAAACACAAUGAUUACUGUGGAUUAUAAAUUUUUGAUUAUUAUUAUGACAUCUUGUGUUCCUUCAAAUGCUCAUUCUCUGCUGACUGAAAAUAAUGAGACAAAAACCAAGGAUAUCAAUAUUCUAAGACAAUUGUUGAACCAGGAGACUUUAUUCAGAAUAGCCUUGACCAAAGUCGUCGAGAAUAUAAAACAAUACCUUUUAUCAAAACAAGAAACUGCAACAAACCAGGAAAAUGACAUUUCAGAAGAUCGCCAUGUAUCGGAAGAGAGAAACCUUGUUAACUCUUCAUUUUUGCGGACGCUUACAGAAAACGUCAAUGGUCAGAAACUGGAGGAUUUGAGUAACGAAAUUUCCUCACAAAGGGAGCAGUUUUCACAAUUAUCUAAUGACUUUAAAAAGCUCUCAGCAAUACUCUUAAAAGGAUUCGAUGGACUUGAGAAUACCAGUACGAAUAUAUAUCCCGUGCAGAAGUCUUAUGCAAAGGAUUUCGGAGAGAGAAAUGACCUACUCGGUAAAAGAUACAGAGAUUGUCAAGAGAUGCUGAGACAGAACGAAGACCUCGGGAACCAGAACGGAGUGUAUACGAUUUAUCUUGGAUGGAGGGUCUUCUGUGACAUGACGACCAAUGGAGGGGAGUGGACGGUGAUACAGAGGAGAUUGGAUGGAUCGACAGAUUUUAACAGAGAAUGGAAAGACUUCAAAGAAGGUUUUGGGGAUCCUAACAAAGAAUACUGGUUAGGGAAUGACGCACUCCAUGAUCUUACCGAUAGAAGAGAACAAGAAUUGUGGAUAGACUUGGGACAAUUCUCUGGCUCAUUCGUGUACGCUCGAUAUUCAAGCUUUUCAGUCGGGAAUGAGAAAGACAAAUACCAACUGACGAUUGCAGGAUAUAACGAAAAUGCAGGUUACCACCUUUUUAUUGAAGUUAAAUCCUUCAAAUGCAACGAAAUCACCCUUAAUAUUUCGCGCCGUCACGGAAGUGUAGUCGGUAUAGCGCUCGCUACAUGA